AUGUUACCUCAACAAUUGCAGUUUUUGCAAGAGAACAAUCUGAUGGACUAUAGCCUACUAAUUGGCAUACAUGAAUUAGGCACGGUUAACGAGAACUCGCCUCCGGUCGAUGAUACUGCCAAUGAACUACCUGGUGGACCUGGUUCCGGUAUGGAAGAUCGAAUGGCAUCUGCCGGUGACGGUCUAGGCACAAUCGCCUCACUUUGGCGUUCCCGCAGACUAUCCGCUUGUCGACCGAAUGUUGUGGAUCCCAAUGCUCCCAUCUCCGGUGGAAACCUGAGUGCCGGGGAUGAGGAUGAAGAUGAGGAUACACUGUUCUGUUCGGAUACCGGAGUGGUACCGAUUGGUGCUUCAGGUAACUUGACACCUCCGGAUAGCCCUACAAAUGAUCCGGGCACCGAACAACCGUUCUGUGGUGACCUACAUCCCAAUCUCGAGUACUAUGCUAUUAAAAGUUCCCCUGAAUCUCCGCGUUCAUUAAUCUAUUUCGUGGCAAUCAUUGACAUACUCACUCGUUACGGAAUGCGCAAACGAACCGCACAAACCUACAAAACGGUGAAACACGGUGCUGGUGCUGACAUAAGCACAGUUAAACCGGAAUUAUACGGCCGACGGUUACUGGAUUUCAUUACGCAAUGUAUUGAGUAA